CCUGCAGGACCAGAAAGGAAAAGCACAUGAUGGAAGCUCUCAAUGAACGAGCAGAGAAUGUGAAGUGGCCUCUGUAAAGCUCUGGAACGAGUGGAUGAUUGCAAGGACUGCGUUAGGGCACUCCACAGCUCAUAUUUCAACAUAUGAGGAGGUGUGCCAAAGUUAAGAAGAAGAAAAGGGAGGGAAGUAAGUGACAAUUGCAGAGAAAAUUGUAAAGCUACUACCCUUCUUCUGCUGCCUUGCUCCAGAAGCACCAAGCAAGGAGGAGCCAAAAUGAGCAAGAAAAUGAACAGGAGUUUCAAGGAAAAAUUUGCCCUGAAGAACCGCUUGGUGAAGGAAGGCCUCUCAGAAUUCCUGGGGACGUUCAUUCUCAUAGCCCUGGGGUGUGGUUCAGUUGCGCAGUCUGUCCUUAGCAGAGGUGAAAUGGGAGGUGCACCAAUGGUGUCCAUUGGCUUUGCCAUGGCUGUCACUAUCGCCGUCUAUGUCACCGGAGGUGUUUCUGGUGGUCACAUAAACCCAGCUGUUACCUUUGCCAUGUGCCUGUCAGGGAAGAUGAAAUGGGUUAAAUUCCCUGUUUACGUCGUAGCACAGUUUCUUGGCGCAUUUGUUGGAGCAGCUGCUGUCUAUUGGAUCAACUACGAUUUAUUGAUGUUCUACACUGGGGGAGAGUUCACCGUCACAGGAGUAAAUAAAACGGCACAUAUUUUUGCAACUUACCCAGAGGAGUAUCUAUCCCUGGCAAACGGAUUUUCAGAUCAGGUGAUGUCGACAGCCAUCCUUCUCCUGGGUGUUUUUGCUGUCUUUGACACGGGCAACCUUCCUGUGCCGAAGGGGCUGGAGCCCAUCGCCAUUGGCCUGAUCAUCAUACUGCUGACGUCUUCCAUGGCCAGGAACAGUGGCUGUGCCAUGAACCCUGCCAGAGACCUGUCCCCACGCCUCUUCACCUACUUUGCUGGAUGGGGGCCUGAAGUCUUCACAGCUGGCAACCACUGGUGGUGGGUCCCUAUCGUUGGCCCAAUGGUUGGGGCAGCUAUUGGGACUGCUGUCUACAUGCUCUUCAUUGAACUUCACCACACCCCUCCGCAGCCACCCCAGCACAACGCAGAACAUGAGAAAUAUGGCCUCGCAAACAUGGAGGAAGAGAAGCAGCUCCACACUUCCAUUUAAAAAUGGACAAUGGCCACGCCCCACAGAGCAGCCCUUGCCAGGUGGACCACAUGAAAAAAAGAGGGUCUUGCGAGUUGGGUCAGGUAGCCAAGCCUCCCUCUCCUUUGCACUGCAAGACAGGUGGAAUGGGAACCGGAAGAUGGCUGCAUCGCCUGGGGAAGGAUGUUUGCCAUCCUCUUUGCACAGCUGAAGUCCAGUUCCCACCCCCACCCAUGAAUCUAAAAGGGGGAGCAGUCACCUGACCUGCUAAUGCAACCUAUGCAAUUUAAAUAAUGUAGCCUAAUUAACCACUAAUGAGUGAGGUUCAUGUCAACAAGCUGCAGACAGAGGCUGUUAAUUGUUCCGUGGUGCCACUAGCAGAGACUCAUUAUUGCCAAAAGCAUCUGUUGAAAAAGGCUAUAUUUUACAGGGUUGAGGGUUUUUUAAAAAAAGAAAAUAUACCCUUGAAUAAGAUAACCUUAAAUGAGGUUGGCCUGGCUGUGU